AUGGACCCACGAAAAAACCGAAGCACCCCAAGAAAAUGUGGGACUUGGAUUACGGAUGGGAAAUCGAUUAUUAUUGAUGCAACGCUAGCCACCAAUGUAACCAAACUCCAGGAGAAAAUCCUUAACGACCUCUCUUGGAAUGUGAAGUUGAAACUCCUGAACGAGUAUCCGUCUUCGAAGCCGUCUGGAGGCUCACCGGUGCUCAGGAACGCGAUCAGUGAUGCUCUAAUGAAGAAACAAGGUCCAAACGUGAUAGACAGGCGAGUCGGCAUCGCCGCGCUGAUCCAAAGGAGACAGGACGAAGGAACUCAACAUCCUGAUCCGGAGUCGGACGAGAACACAAUGCGUUUGAAACUAUUCAGGCUGAUGUAUGAAACGGUCCGAGAUAGCGACAUGAAAGCGAACAAAGCCGUGCAGAUCCGACAGCAGUAUCAGAACUCGACGCCCUUCGAAGUUGGAUACCUAAUAGGCGAUAUUACAGAUAAAUACAAUGUAAUGAUCGACAUAGCGGCUACUUUAAAACGAUUGUAUAGGGAGUGGAAGCCGCUCGAGCAUAUAAAUGCAUACGAACAGAUAGCCAGUCAAGCGAUCGAGAUAAGCCAUCUAAUUGACAUGGCCAAAUACGUGAGCAAGCGUAAGCAACGGCUUUAA